AUGGAAGCGAUGGGGCUCGAAACUUCACGAGCAGACAGCUUUCACCGUAUUUGGAUGAACUCCUGCGGUGUGAUGAGCGCUUGGCUGCACACCCUGGUCUUCCUCCUUCUUCCUGUCGUCUGGUCUUGUGUCGAGGCCGAGAGCACGUGCGGCGACUUUCUCCAGCUCGGCUUCGCCGUGGGCCAGACCAGCCUUUCCCGGAAAGCACCGGAGGCACUACACACCAGCUCGACCUCCUCCAUCUCACAUCCGUGGCCACAUGCACGCGGGAAGGUUCCGGGCCAGUUCGGAACCACCGACGUCGUGCUUGCUUUGCCUCAUGGCCCAGCAAACUGGACCUGGCACAAUCCCAUGGGCCAGUGGGAAGACAUGGUGGCAGGCGGCCCUGUCAUCGAUGUUGAGAAAAACUUGUACCUAAUGACUAUGCAGGGUUUGUGGAAGUUCUCACCUUCUGGUGAAGUGCUGUGGCACUAUGAUACACCGGGCCGGUCUGACAACGAGCCCUACUUGUCGGGCGACUCUUUGUUUGGAAGCACCACCACGGGUCAUGUCUUUGCGGUGGACAGGCAUACAGGCCAGGAGCUUUGGUCAACUCGGGUGGCAGAAAGAGCGGGAGGGGAUGCAGCAUAUCCGGCCUCCUUAGAUGGGGUCUUCGUUGUCCCCUCUUCUAAGUGGGCAGGCUCUACCGAAGCCCUUCCAGGGGGAAACACAAAGAUCUUUGGACUGCACGCUGAAACAGGGGACCAGCUCUGGGAAUAUCAGUCCGACCAUGUGUUGUGGAAUCUGACGCCUCUAUUUCCCGAUGAUGGCACCUUCGUCUAUCAGACUGCAGAGGGACAUGUGUUUCGCCUCAGCCUACACAACGGAACCGUCAUCUGGAAGACGGAGUUGGCGAACAUGUCCGACACCUUCUCGGAUGGUGGGGCAGUGCUCGGCCCCAACAAGAUCAUCUAUACCUGCAGCAACCUUGAGGGCAGAGGUAAAGUUGGAGAGCGAGGCGUGGUCCGAGCUUUUGGCCUGGAAAAGGGAAACCUCAUCUGGGAGCAUAUUCUCACAGACCCUUGCUGCACUUUCCCAGCGGUGGGACAUGUCAAAGGAGCAGACUCCUUGGCCGUGGUUGUGACCCCCGGGGCGUUUCCGGGUGGCAGCGCGCAUGAGCCCGGCAGCGUGGUGGCCUUGGACGCUGAGACAGGGAGCUUGCUGUGGAGGUUCAACGCUGCUCCGCACAUGUCGCUCUUCGCGGCUGGCGAUGCCGAGCGUGCCGCACACCUAGUGCUGCAUGGAGUCUCGCCGCAUCUGAUUCGCCAGGUCUGUCUGCCCGCGCAAUGGAGUUCUCCCGCAAUCUCAGGUGACGGCGCCGUCUACGUCGGCCGGAUGGAUGGCAAGCUCUACGUCGUGCAUGGCGCCUUGACGGGAAGUGAGAUUGGAGAGCUGACGAAAGACCCUGAGACCGGUGUUUAUGCACAUGUUCAGACGGUUGGUAGUGCCCCAAUCCAUGGCGCGCUGGGCUUUGCCGACGGCCUCCUGGGCUACGCAACCUGUGACUCUCUCUACGUCUGGCAAGCGUGA